AUGGUUGGAUUGCGCAAAUAACUGGGAAUGAAGUUCAGAGAGUAUUAACUGUUUGGCGAAGGUAACAAACCUAAUUGAAAGUCCCAUACUCUGAAAGUACUGUUAAGAGAGGCCUGGUUACUCUCUGAGAAAUCGUUAGCGCCAAUGCUCGAUAAAAGGUUAACCUCAAAGAACCACGAGGUUUAGAAUUAUCUAAUAAAAAAAUGCAUCAACAAACAGAGACAGUGAAGCGUUUUCACGCAAAACCUCAGUGGCAACAAGUCCUCGCAGUCAGCUCUUUUAUAGGCUUCACUCUAGCAGUGUGGUACAAUUUAUGGAAUACGGGAUCACGGAUACCACUCGAGGGAACAGUAUCUUCGUCUUUGGUUCAUGAACAAAGAGGAGAAGGAGUGUAUAUGACUUUGAAACUGAAAUGCUUCUACUGCGAUUCUCAAGACUUCGGUACAGCAUGGGAAACUCUUACCCAGGACACCACAUGUCAGGACAGUGUGUUUUCAACUUGUUUUCGGAAUCAGACCCUCCCGGGCAGACAAACGACUGAAGUUAUAGAUCUCAUAAGAAGCUGUGAACAGAAAUGCAAAUGUUCAGACGAGGAGGGCUGGUGUGUGACUCCAGAAUGCAAACGUCAAAUGAAAUGCUGUUGGGGUCAGGCGUACUGUGAAAAAGAUUAAA